AUGGCCGUCACCGUCUCUGUUCUCUACCCCAACGAACCCGACGCCAAGUACGACGUCGACUACUAUGUCAACAAGCACAUGCCUUUGGCCGGCUCCACAUGGAAGGAUUUCGGCGUGAAGAGCUGGUCCGUCAUCAAGUACGCGCCGGGCCCCGAUGGAACUGAGCCCAAGUACGCUUUUGCUGGUGUUCUCCAGUGGGACAGCCUCGAGAACGUCAAGAAGGCGCUCGCCGCCCCCGAAACCGCCAAGGUCAUGCAGGAUGUUCCCAACUACAGCAACAAGCAGCCCGUAUUUCUGAUUGGAGACGAAGUCAAGGCUGUUACGGUUUAA